GGGUGACGCACCGAGGUACUGGCCGGCUGAGGGAGUUUCCGCUGGUUCCAGAUGCUGUCGCCGCCCCGCUUCUGUCACUCCAUGGUACACCUGUGAGGCCGGCAGACGUCUUCUCGGGAUGGAGCAUAUCCGGACGACCAAGGUUGAACAAGUAAAAUUACUUGACCGAUUCAGUACUAGCAACAAGUCAGUAACAGGAACACUGUAUCUUACGGCCACACAUCUAUUAUUUAUAGACUCUCACCAAAAAGAAACCUGGAUAUUGCACCACCAUAUUGCCUCAGUAGAAAAACUUGCUUUGACUACUUCUGGAUGCCCGCUUGUAAUUCAGUGCAAGAAUUUCAGGACUGUGCAUUUCAUCAUUCCCAGAGAAAGAGAUUGCCAUGAUAUUUACAACUCUUUGCUACAACUGUCAAAACAAGCAAAGUAUGCAGAUCUCUACGCAUUCUCUUAUAAUCCCAAACAAAAUGAUUCAGAACGAAUACAAGGUUGGGAGCUCAUUGACCUUGCUGAGGAAUAUAAGAGGAUGGGAAUGCCAAAUUUACACUGGCAGUUGUCUGAUGCCAACCGAGAGUACAAGAUUUGUGAAACUUAUCCCAGAGAACUCUAUGUUCCCUGUAUAGCAAGCAAACCAAUAAUUGUCGGCAGUUCCAAGUUCCGGAGCAAGGGCAGAUUCCCAGUUCUUUCUUACUAUCAUCAGGAUAAGGAGGCUGCCAUUUGUCGAUGUAGUCAACCACUAUCAGGAUUCAGUGCUAGAUGCCUGGAGGAUGAACAUUUACUUCAAGCCAUUAGUAAAGCCAAUCCAGUCAAUCGCUAUAUGUAUGUCGUGGAUACCAGGCCCAAACUGAAUGCAAUGGCCAACAGAGCAGCUGGAAAAGGUUAUGAAAAUGAAGACAACUAUUCUAAUAUUAGAUUUCAAUUUGUUGGAAUUGAAAAUAUUCACGUCAUGAGGUCCAGCCUCCAGAAAUUAUUGGAAGUCAGUGGUACCAAAGGGCUUUCUGUCAAUGAUUUCUACUCUGGCUUGGAGAGCUCAGGAUGGCUUCGCCAUAUCAAAGCUGUUAUGGACGCUGCAAUCUUCUUAGCCAAAGCAAUAAUGGUUGAAAAUGCAAGUGUGUUGGUACAUUGUUCAGAUGGUUGGGAUAGGACUUCCCAGGUUUGUUCCCUUGGUUCUCUUUUAUUGGAUUCCUACUACAGGACAAUCAAAGGAUUCAUGGUUUUAAUAGAGAAAGAUUGGAUCUCUUUUGGACAUAAAUUUUCAGAGAGGUGUGGCCAUUUGGAUGGUGACCCAAAGGAAGUCUCACCCGUGUUUACUCAGUUUUUGGAGUGUGUGUGGCAUUUGACUGAACAGUUUCCACAAGGCUUUGAAUUCAAUGAAGCAUUUCUUCUUCAGAUCCAUGAACAUAUUCAUUCAUGCCAAUUUGGAAACUUCCUUGGAAAUUGUCAGAAGGAAAGAGAAGAACUCAAGUUGAAGGAGAAGACUUACUCCCUGUGGCCAUUUCUUUUGGAUGACCAAAAGAAGUACUUAAAUCCACUCUACAGUUCCGAAUCUCAGAAAUUUAUAGUUUUGGAGCCAAAUACAGCAUCUUUCAACUUUAAGUUUUGGAGAAACAUGUACCACCAAUUUGAUCGAACAUUGCAUCCUAGGCAGUCUGUAUUUAAUAUAGUUAUGAAUAUGAAUGAACAAAAUAAACAGUUAGAGAAAGAUGUUGAAGACCUAGAAUCUAAAAUUAAGCAACGUAAAAAUAAGCAAACAGAUGGUGUCUUCACCAAGGAAUUGUUACAUUCAGUUCAUCCCGAAUCACCUACCCUCAAAACUUCUCUGUGUUUUAAAGAACAGACUUUGCUACCUGUGAAUGAUGCUCUUCGAACUAUAGAGGGCAGCAACCCCGCAGAUAAUCGUUACAGUGAAUAUGCAGAAGAGUUUUCCAAAUCAGAACCUGCUGUGGUCAGCUUAGAGUAUGGUGUGGCAAGAAUGACUUGUUAGACUCAUUGAGUAUUUUUCAGACUGACUAUAGUGCAAGAAAUGGAUUGUUGUGAGGAUGGUCUGUGUGCUUGACCAAAAGGAAUUUGUCUAAUAAUGAUCUUAGGGCUUAACAGUAGAUUAAUAGUUGAAGAAAGGAUAACUACUCUUGAGAGAGAUAAAUCAGCUUAAUUGCAUUUUCAGCAGGGAAUGACAUUCAAUUCUGUAAAAAAUGAGUGGUAUUGGAGGAUUUACUCAAAAUGCAAUUUGCACUGUACGCUAGUGAAUUAACGUUUCUUUAUGAUUUAUAUGUUAAUUACAGCCAAACGUGAAUAACCUUCCUUAAGUAUAGUUUAAUUGCAAGAAAACAAGACUUGACAAAAUGGUCCCUUAAUUGACAUGGCAUGUGCGUUCAAUUAUGUAACUGUGUAACUAUGAAUAUUUACAUAUUUUGCUUUUUGGUGAUGUUUAAUGUUGAAGAGCCAUGAAAAAUAUUUCUAAGAAAGCCUUAAUUCUCAGUUUAUUCUUUACCCUUAAGUUUUAUAGCCUAGAACAAGCUUUUUUGUUUGUAGAGGUUGCAUGCUCCAAUACUCCUAUAUAAACAGUUGCAGAAGUACACUGUUUAGUUUAGUUUAUGUUUAGCUGGCCCCACUUCCAUAUUCAAAAUUAAUGAAACUUAAGGUUUUAUUCUGAUUAUAAUUUGUUUAGUGCUACAUUUGACGAUUUAUUAUUUACAGCUUAGACAGAUUAUUGACUUCCUAAAUAUGUAUAAGCACAUUUGACUGUCUUUUGUAUAUGGAUCGUAGCAUUCCAUUGAUUCUUAUUUUGUGGUUGGCUCUAUUCCUUUGAUAACUAUGUAAGUUUAAAGAGCCAAAGCUCUAAAACUGUUCUCAGAAACAUGAAUAGUGCAUAUGUAUAUAUAUAUUUUAAACUGCCUUAUCUCAAAAUGAAUUGCUAUUCGUAGAACUUUCAGUUUACCCAAAAACUUUCGGGUUAAAUAAAAAGGGAAGUACAGAUAGUUUAGAUUUUGUUUGGUUGCAUGAGUUUUAAAGCAGUCAUUUCUGUGUGUAAUAUUUUUUUCUUCUCUGUUAAAUAUGGAAGAAAAAAAGGAAAAUUAAGGAGAGCCUAGUAUGAAUUUAACGUUUAACAAAGCAACUUAAACUCUGGGAAGGGUUUUAUUUUGCUAUGUUAUGUUAACUGUUUAUGUACUAGUAACAUUUAAAUGAUCAACAACAAAAAUACUUGCAAUUGGCAGUAUCACCUAGCUGGCUUUAAAAUUGAAAAUUUAAGUAACAUGGCUGACAUCAGGUACAAUUCAAGGGUACUAGUAAUUUGCAUAGGAUCCCUCAUGCUUCUCUUUAUUACACCUAUAUCUGUUAUAUUAGUUUUGAAUGUAAAUAUCUUUUUCAAAUGAAAAAAAGCUUUAUUGUAUAAGAGCGUAUCUAAUCCUGUUUAUUUUUCCAGUGCUUUUCUGUAAUACAUUAUGUAAUAAGAAAAAUACUUCUUUUUAAACAGUAACAGAAAUGUACCAUAAGAUAUAGUAUGUGAUUAACCAAUCCUAUUUUCAUAUUUAAGGACUGGGAAAGAAAACUUAAUUCCUGUGACCACAAAGGGAAGCUUUUGUGCCUUGGUUUCAGUCACUAAUGCAAUUUCCAUGGCAGACUUCUUGUAUUCAGCUCUUUAGUUUAUUGUUGUAAUCUUCAACUUUAGGCACAUAUAUGUGUGUUUAUAUACUCACACGUGGACUAAGAAAUCAGUUAACAUCCUAAGUGACCUACAGGGUAUAUGUUGGCAAAGAGAAGAUUAUGUAUAUGUCUUAUAAAAUUGGAUUUAUGUUCAUUGUGUUUGGGAAUGUCUAGCAUGUAAAUUAUUUCAUAUACUAUUU